AUGAAUAGCAAAGACAUUGCAGAAGAAUUCAAAAACUAUUUCAACAGGCUGUUAAAUAAUAAUGAAUCUGAACUAGUCCAAGGAGAUAUUCAAGAAGAAGAGGAAAUUAUCAUACACAGCGCUGAAGAGUCCACUGAAUUACAGCCUAGUAGUAUAGAAAUAGAUUUAAUUAUCAAUUUAAUAAAAAACAACAAAGCAGCCGGAGAAGAUGAGAUAUUUGGAGAAUUUUUAAAAAGUGGCGGUCAACAACUCAGAGGAAACAUAUAUAGAUUAGUCCUGUUGAUAUGGCAAAAAGAACAAAUUUCAAAAGAAGGAAUAUCAUUACUGGAUGUAGGAUACAAAGUUCUGUCGUCUCUCUUGCUAGGAAGAUUACAAAAGUAUGCAGAAGAAACUAUUGGCAACUACCAGUGUGGUUUUAGGAAGGGAAAAUCAACCACAGAUCAUAUUUUUGCUAUAAGACAGAUCCUAGAAAAACAUCAUGAGUUUAACAAAGAUAUUCAUUUAGUAUUCGUGGACUUUAAACAAGCUUACGAUAAUAUAAACCUUAGCAAAUUGUGGACUGCUUUAAAGAAAUUUGGAAACCUUGAUUUGGAAGAAAUCAUAAGGAGUGCUAGUAGGCAGAUAGGUCUGUCAGUUAACCAAGAAAAAACCAAAUACAUGUUUCUGUCAAGGAAGACGAAAAGCGAAGAGAACAUGAAAGACUUGGAAGUGGAUGGUCUCACCUUUCAACAGGCCACAACUGGAGGGAACUACAAAAAGCUCCUCGUCUUCGAGAGAAAAAUGUUGAGAAAAAUUUAUGGACCUAUUUUCGAUGACAAGGAGCAAAAAUGGCUAAGGAGGUCAAAUGAGGAUCUGAAGAAUCUAUAUUUAAAAGAGGACAUAGUGCAGUUCGUAAAGAGUUCAAGACUUGCUUGGACUGGGCAUGCGUGA